GCAGCGGAGAGCAGUAGUGCCGGUGGUGUCGCCCGAUGCGCACGUGUGGUGACUGCCUCUCUAUCCCCCCACAUCGCCGCUGCUCCGCUCUCUCACCGCGCGGCCCUCGACCCAAACUCACCUCAGUGCCGCCGCCUUAGAGUAGAGGUGUUAGUGUCGCAUCUCAUACCUAUUAUCACCCUAGUUUCCUACGGGUCACGGGUCUUGGUGCAUUUAUGUUGAUUUUAUCCUACUGUAUAUCAGGAUUCUAAAACUUGAUUGAACUUGUGGGGAGCGUCGCGAGUUCCCGGCAUGCAGUGAAGUGUUUGCCGUGGUGAAACCGACGAAACAUUGAUCUCAGGGUGCGGUGUAAGGGAAUAGGCUGGUUAAUAGUGACGUUCCUGCCAUUACCAACAGCUCACGGCUUGCCCUGACGAUGAAACAUGGGCGCCCCGUGUUAAUUGCCGCCAUAAACAAGAUUGAGCAUCACCAUCUGUGAGCCGCGGCUUCAACCUGACGAACGUACUAUGCAGAUUUUAUUACCAUGAGUGACGGCAACACAUAGACAAUCUCGCUCCCUCCACUCUCGUCUCUGGGGCCCACUUCGUUGAGAGAUAUCAAGGACGGGGAGCUGCCCAAUCACACCCCUCGGCCCUCGCCAUGUGUGGGCUCCUCCUGGCCCUGCUAUUGGUCCUCGCCACGCCAGGCUGGUGCUCGUGGCCUGCCGGACCCUCCUUUGUGGACCCUCCCGUGAACGUGACUGUGAGCGAAGGGUCCCACGCGUUCCUCCCCUGCAGAGUUGCCAACCUGGGCGACAGAUCCGUGACGUGGAUGAGGCGGCGGAACCUGCACAUCAUCACGGCGGGGCUGCUCACCUACUCCCCCGACGACCGCUACAGGGUGCUGCACCCCGCCAACACGGACGAGUGGACGCUGCACAUCCGGCACGCUCAACCCGGGGACGGCGGCUGGUACGAGUGUCAGGUGAACUCAGACCCCAAGAUUACCACGCCGGUGCUGCUCAUCGUGCGGGACAAGAGCUUGGACGAUCCCUUCUACAUGCACGAGCUGGAGAUGACGGACAACAGUACACAGGUGCGCAUCGAAGGAGCCCACGAGCGGUACAUCCAGCGCGGCAGCAUCCUGGCCGUCACCUGCACCGUGGACCACAAGGGCAGGUCGGGGCCGGAGCAGGUGGCGUGGUACCAGGGCGCCUCCAGACUGCAUUACGACUCCCCCAGGGGCGGCAUUGCUCUCCAGACGGACAAGACGCCGACCAGAACGGUGAGCAGACUCAAGCUGUCGGCCGUCAAGCCCUCAGACUCCGGCCGAUACAGCUGCCGGCCCGACACUGGCGGCUUUGCUUCUGUCACGGUGCACAUACAGUCAGACCAGCCCCAGGCGGCGGUGCACCAGAGCGGCCACAGCUCCUCCCUGGCCGCCGCCGCCCCGCUGCGCGUCAUCGUCAUCCUCGCCGCGGGUCACCUCCUCAGCCUCUCCCACUACCGAUGACUCCCGCGGGGCGUCGGUCACCGUCUUACCUGAAUGUGAUAUUAACCUUUCACCCUAUGGUUUGUGCUUAAGAUUGUAGAUACUAUUUUUGUAUAUAAUUUUGGAAGAUGUUGCAAUAAAAAUGUAUUUUAGUGUCA